AUGGACAUGGAUACUCAGCCCAACACCAAGGCUACUUACGUAGCCCUUUUCGAGUCAGCCACGGGAAACCUGCAUACCUCCUACCGCUCCAUUCCAGAGGGCCAAGACCCUGAGGACUUCGCGACCGACCUCAUCAACGCCUAUAAACAGCACACCAGGCGGUACAAGCGAAUCUUCUACCGCGGCGUCCUACUUAAGAAGCCCGUCGUUUCCGUUGCCAAAUUGUCCAAGGCAAGUUCGCAUUCCUCUUCCUCUUCUAUCACCAACGCGUGCCCCAGUAUCACGGGUGAGGACCACUUCUUCGUCCAGGAGGAAGUCUAUGAUCCCUCGUUGACGGCUGCCAUGCACAACACUGCUAUCCUACGCAACGUAGAUCACGAUAGCUUUUUUGAGGAGUACAAGGAUGUCAUGGUCGUGGCCGGCGGCCCCGCGUGCUGCCAUCCUCAUCCGCCUUGUGAAUGA